AAAAGUGGAGAGGGGAAAAGCUGAGGCCUUUCGUGGGUGCGGGUUCAUAACCGCGAGAUCGAGGACGCGUCGAGCUCGACAAGCGAAUUCCCCGCGAGCUUGGAACCUGAGCGCGCGCGCGCGCCGCGGACGGGGGAGAGGAUCUCGAUCGAUCGAUAGAUCUCGCCAUGAAUCCCGAGUACGACUACCUCUUCAAGCUCUUGCUUAUCGGAGACUCGGGUGUCGGCAAGUCGUGCCUUCUCUUAAGAUUCGCCGAUGACUCGUACCUGGACAGUUACAUCAGUACGAUUGGUGUUGAUUUCAAAAUACGGACCGUGGAGCAAGAUGGGAAGACCAUGAAGCUGCAAAUCUGGGACACUGCUGGGCAAGAACGCUUCAGAACUAUUACCAGCAGCUACUACCGAGGGGCUCACGGCAUCAUUAUUGUCUAUGACGUGACGGACCAGGACAGCUUCAACAACGUGAAACAGUGGCUGAACGAGAUUGACCGCUACGCUAGCGACAACGUGAACAAGCUUCUCGUAGGGAACAAAAGCGAUCUCACCGACAAGAAAGUCGUGUCAUAUGAGACAGCAAAGGCAUUUGCUGAUGAGAUUGGCAUCCCGUUCAUGGAGACCAGUGCGAAGAACGCCUUGAAUGUCGAACAGGCUUUCAUGGCCAUGUCCGCUUCGAUCAAGGACAGGAUGGCAAGCCAGCCAGCCGCAAACAGCGCCCGCCCAGCCACGGUGCAGAUCCGCGGGCAACCUGUCGAGCAGAAGACGAGUUGCUGCUCUUCUUAGAGAAGCACGCAUCACAAAUGAAGAUGCAAACCUGGCCGCUCCAUCAUCAUUCUGUAUUCCAUGUUUUUUUUUUUUGCAUAGGCGUACUGCAAAUCUUCCAUUCUUUCUAGUGCACCGGAGUUUGGAGACAUUAUGUUCUGAUUAAUUCUGUAACUUGGAUGGCUAUGUUAUGUUUGCAGUUGUUGCUUUUUUUUUGAACUUGAGAUACUUGAUGAAAAAUGGCAUAUUGAGAGAAGAAAGAUCCUAGAGGUCUCAACUGUUGAUACGUAGUAAUAUGCUUGAAUGAAUAUUGUUUAUCUGAUUGCAGAAAUCCAUAUAUAUGGUGUACC